CACAUCUAACCACCGACUUGCAUAAUUUACAGAGUUAAAAACAGAAAGUGGUGGGAAAUCUGCGAACCAGUGACUCUCACAGUGAACCGCCCCCAGUCCAAAACACAGUGAUCCCAUCGGACCACCAACCCUUCAUAAUGGCCGUCGAAAUCCUGACCGAUGCGAUAAGGCAGCUGCAGAUCUCACUCCGAAAACAAGCCAACAUGUCGUCGUACGUCCCGGACGACACGCCGUUGCCAAAUCUCCCUUCGCCGGAAGAAACCAUAUCCGAGCUGGAUCCUUCGCCGCCGAACCUCCGCUGCAAGCAUUGCCAGGGCCGGCUUCUCAGAGGCGUGAAGUCGCUGAUUUGCUUCUUCUGCGGCGGCGAAACCUGCAAGGACCUCCCUCCUGAUCCUAUCAAUUUCCGCAACACUUUAGGGUUCCAGUUGUUGCUCAAGUCCCUAGCCCUAGAUGGAUCGGAGAUAGUGGACUUACCGGUUGAAGGGAAUGAGUCCAGCAGAGGACAGAGUCCAUCUAAAGAGGAGUUGUUGUUGUCGGAGCUUUUGAGUGUAGAGAUAAGAUGGACUUCUAAGUUUGAGAAAUCCGGGAAUGGUGGUUCGGAUGAGAAGAUUACCACUCGUCCUAGAAGUUUUAUGGACUUGGCUGGAAUGAAUCUGGACAAUUUUUUUGCCGAAGGAGAGAAUGAUGGUGCUUUGGGUGCAUCUCAAGAGCCGUUUGAGCCGAGCACUCGGAUUGUAACUACAGAGAGUAGUGAUUUCAAACGUAGUGAAAAACUUAGUUUGUUUGCAUCUGAGGAACCGUUUGACCUGGACAGACUGAUUGCCACUGCAGAGAAUGAUGCUUUUAAAGGCAGUGGGAAUCUUAGUUUGUUUGCGUUUGAGCCGACCAAAGAGAUUGCCAACACAGAGAGUAGUGCUUUCCAAGGUAAUGAAAAUCUUAGUUUGUUUGCAUCUGAGAAGCCCUUUGAGUCGAUUAUACAGACUACCACCACUGCUUCUAUAGGUAUUGAAGCUCCUAGCUUGUUUGAUAAUGUGCAGCCUUCUGAGGCAGAUCUGCAGUCUACUCAAGGUGCGAGUGGUGAUUCCAUCUGUGGUUGGCCGGAAAGUUUUCAAUCUGCUGCUUCUCAAAAUCUUCCUCAAGAAUCAAAGUCUAUUGUCCCCUUUGUGGGUUCUACAGUUGAUCUUUCUGCCCAUAUAGACACGGUCUUUGGAUCUGUUGGGGAUUCGAUUAAUGUAAAACCAAACCAUACUACGUCCGCAAGUAACGACUGGUUUUCAGAUGAUCUAUUCAGUACUUCCAACUCUGGGUUAGUUGGGCAGCCUCAACAAUUAGAAUCGCUUGCUUCGGUGAAGGAUGACAUAAUAGCCGAAAAUGCAAAUAACAUAUAUACUGGUGCUGAUUGGGGUGAAGACACUCAAUGGCAGACUACUAGCAUGGAUGCUCCUGAUAAUAAGACUAUUGAUGAGGAUGAUGAUUCGUUUGGUGCUUGGAAUGAUUUUACUAGCUCGGGUAGUGCACACAAUCCUUCAAGCUCUUCAAAACAAUAUGUCGAUCAGAUAACACCUGCUGACGAGACUUCAGUAACAAACCUGUUCUGCGCUGCUAGGAACUCACAAGCUGAUAAUUCAUUUGGUGCUUGGAAUGAUUUUUCUAGCUUGAGUAGUGCACAAAAUGCUUCUACGCCUACUGAUGAGACUUCAGUAACCUAUCUGUUCGGCACAGCUACCAACUCACAGGACUUGGAUUUUGGUGGCUUUUUGCAGCCAGAUCUCUCUGCUGGAGCAAGUAGCAGUUCACAUGGUUCUAUAGUAGUAGAUAUAACCCAGCCAGAGGCUUCUGUUUUAGACAGGAUGGCUGAUGCAGCCACAAUAGAUGAUGAUGUUAAGAAGGAUAAUGGAGAUGUUUUCGGUGCAAGAGCAGGAUCCAAGUCUGGAGAUGUGGAGAAAAUAAUGUCACAGAUGCAUGAUCUCUCUUUUAUGCUUGAAAGCAAGCUUUCAAUACCUCCGAAGCCAGAUGUAAAUUCCAUUCCCCAAGAUCACACAUAA